GGGCCAUCGUGUGGACCCCAACGCAGCCCUCUGCGGUUUGUAAGGUCCCCUCGAACUACCCUGAGCGUCAGCCAGCAGAAGCGGCCGCCAUUAGUUUGCGCAAUCCGGUCUUGUGCACACAAAAGAACCUCGUACAAGCUCCGCGUUUACUGCGGCCAAAGGUCGAUUAACUGCGUGCAAUCUUCCCCCCUCUGGCAUGACUCUUCCUAACCCCCACUGCUUACAAACUCACUGACUAUUGCCACCACCUCGCCCAUAUUCUCACACGCCCCCAUUUAAGCAUUAAGACGAACUUCCAUCGAUUUUUCUAAUCACUGGCAUGUUUUACUUGACCCCCUAUCCGUAUAAAUGUACUGGCAUGACAAGAAUUUAUCGAAAGCAAACUUAUGCUCGUCAACUACUCUUCUAAAACCUUUUUAUGGGAAUUUUCGCAACCCUCGGAUUUCAUUUAUUCCGUCCAAGCACUGGGUGUUCACGCGUGGCACUUUUCAAUCAAAAAAGUUCCUUACAGUGUUCACUAGACAUCCGCGCAUAGGUCCACUUCUGGCUGCUAAUCUAGGACCCGAAAGCGCUUUAUCUUGACCGUCUUGAAAUAGAUUCAGUCAGGUUUUCAUUUCAUAUCAAACCACAAAACUUCGCUCGGGGCUACGGCCUCUACCUUCAAUAUUUUGAGUAGAAACUACGAAACUUGUUGAUUCUCUAAGUAAGCCGCUCUUCCAAUCGUUGCAGCAGACCAUUAGUCCUGGGAGGACAACCGUCAUCAUCGUCAUGCCUACCUACUGUGUAGGUCAAUGCAAAACUACCUCACAUUAUGGCCCUUCUACAGCCCGCAUCCAUCUCUAUAAUUGAGGGUUGGUGCUCUGUAACGGCGGUCUUCGAUCAGACAGAGAUAUUCUACUGAGGGUCUUCGCUUAACCAGUUCUCUUUACAUGUGUCCUACUUCUGCUCGUCGCUAAUUGGUUUUCAUCUGUUUUGAAACCAGGCAGGAGUUAGUCGCGCAUUCAUUUUUCUCUCGAUGCUGCUGGUUGGCCGCCAUCCGACUUUGGCAGACCGACCUGCUCCCUGCCCUUAUCCAACUGCCCGUACCAGACACCGUUUCCCAAACUGCUGCCCCAUUCGGUUGGUCGGCUGUGUUGCAGCUUAUCCGUGAGACCACUUUUGGUGACCUACACACCGCCUGCCUAAACUGCCUGGAUGCAGCCACCUUGGGAGCCCUGAAAUGCGUUGAAGGGACCCCAACUAGGCCACCGGCGAGCACCGCCGCGGAAGCCGUCUCCCUCCUCAUGGGUGUCUCUCCUCGUGAGGCCGAACUGUUAGAUGUCCUCCUUGAGUUGGCUGGACAAACGACAGUGAACGGGACCAGUAAUUUGUUGCAAGUUUUUUCAAAGGUUCGUGAAGUUACUGAUUUUUGAUCACAAUGCUAUCAUGUUUGUCGUUGAUGCGAUAAUUUCAUGGUAGUUCAUUAAAGACUAUACUACUGCGGGAAAUUAAAAUCCCUGCACCCUCCACCUCACCUUCGAAUUCGCUAGCUGGAACUUGUGGAAGAAUGAUUGUCGGUGGUUCAAUGCCAUAUUGGGUUAUGUUGUCGAGGAUUGUUACCGUCAGAGGUAAAAGAGACCUCAUCGGCAACAUUCCUUUACGAUUGAUUAAUAAUGGCUAGGAUACUAACCGUCUCGGCUUUAGAUCGGAGCUCCAGGACAGAAGGCAGCGUCCGCAUUCAAGAUACUUCCCAUGUGACCUUAGGUUUUGUCAGCGUGCUGUAAGCUUUUUAACCGUCCCUUGCACACAUGUGAACUCCUCUUACUCUUAUUUAGCUUACGAUGAAGACAGAACACUUCGCCUACUGCUUAGCAAAGCUGGACGCCGUACGUCUGCGCGAUUCCUCCAAGUCGCUGUUUGCCCGAGUAGCCUACGCCCGGUAAGUUCCAGUCGCUCUGUCCUCUCCAAACAAGUAUACGCUGACCACAAUAUAAUAAACAGCGCUAUCCUGCAAGGUCGUCGUUUAUUCAUUGUAGUAGUUAAACAGCUCAUGAAACUUUGCCUCUAUUACUGUCAUCUGGCGCCCAGAGACCCGCUUUAGAUCGAACGUCUUAUUUUGGCUUUCCUGUGUUUCUGAUCUGCCUAAGUCCUGUUCCAAGAGGACGCGCUCAAAUAUUUCCUCUAUUCCGACAAAAGUUGACUGCGGGACCGUUGAAAGGACAUGAAAGUCCUUGCUAAGAUUGCUAAAGGCCGAUGGUGGACACGGCUUUCCGUACUGGACGAACAUUUCGAUAUCGGCACCCAGUUAGGUUUCUGAUAUCCCGUUGCUCUCGAUUGACUUCACUGGUAUGCUUCUCAUAAUUGCACACCUAUCCAUUUUCAAAGAAUUGAGACAAAACUACUUGUUCGCUAAUUAGUUCCUUCUUUCAAUUUUUUUUCGGGCACCUGCGAAGGAUCUGCCAUGAUAUUUUCUCCACUUAAUAAAAACACCCUUAUACAAAUGGCUGCUAUGCCUACAUGGCAUUUCUCUAGUCGAUUUCUUCUCUCUAUACCUGUCGUGUCUAUUGCCGGCUGUUUUAAUACAGGAAGAGCAGAAGGAGAGGCAACAACACUCAAUCCGAAUCCGUGGACCCAACCAAGCUGGAAUAUUCACGACUAAAGACCCUCCAGACAAUCAUCGCCACCAUAAAUAAUGAUGCUUCGCGAUUGCAGGUUGAGACUGUUCCCCAGACUCUGAUUGCAGCAUCAGCGACAGCCUCACUCAAUUCGCCUGGCAAACCCGGUGCGGAGCCUAAUCGAACUCCCCUCUCUUCAGCCGUCUCCCGUCUUCGUAGCACAUCUAAGCGCAAAUCAGCAUUAGGUGACGUCGCCCUUCGGAAGACGCCCACUUCCAGAGUGGCGCCUUCCGAGUCCAAUCAUGAUCUGGUGUUCCCCAUAAACAGCCACCUCUUUGCGUAAGUUACUGUGACUUUGUUUCUUGUUACGUAUGCCUGUACUAACCGUCUUCACCUCUUUCACCUUGCAGUUGUUUGUCAUCUGAGGCCCGAUUCUCCAACCAACCCUCUCGGGAGACCGACACCGAGUCAUGUUCGUCGGACAAGGACGAAGAAGAGGAGUGUCCAACCCAGCCAAAUUCCCCUAUCCUGAUCCUCUCUGACGAAGAUAGUGGUACCGCUGUUAAUGCCAGUUGUGACAAGAACUCAUUGGAAAAUCCCUUACUCUCACCCAAAACUGACGCUGACACUCCGGACAAUGUCGGUAGUGUUCGAGACCAGAAUUCAGCCUGUGUGCUGGAGGC